AACGAACGCGCGAUGGGCACGGAAAAAGUGCAGCCAGCCCACGAGGUGCACGCGCGCUUGAACUCGCAGGUGCUGCUGCAGCUCCAGAAGAACAAGGCGAUUCUUGCAGUCGGCUUCUUCCUCAGCUGCAUGUGGAACCUUGCGGCCCCGAUCAAGGCGUGGGCGCUCUCCCGGUAUGGAUUCGCGUCCACGUCCGACACGCUUGUGCUCGAGCUCGAUUGGAACACGGUCGUGAAUGGCCGGUUCCUCACGUCGCUGUACACGUCGGCCGGGAUUCCCCUCACGUCGCGUAUGGAGAAGACGCGCUACAUCAACGUGUUUCUCGACUUUAUGGUCGCCCCCCGCUCCGACUUGCGCUGGGUCGCGUCGCUUCUUGGCACCAACGGUACGUUUCAGAUGGACGUCGACGGCGUCGCCAAGCGUCUCAGCCUCAACGGCAGCCGUGAAGUCGACCAGUUCAACGUCGACGUCGCCCCGUUUGCAAGCACGGGGUUCCCGCUCUGGGGCUCCGAAGUCAUUUUUGACUUUGUCCCUCCGACCACAAAGGACGUUGGUCUCCACGAAGUCAGCGAAGCGCUCUUGUGUUUAAAAGGUUUGGCGCCCGAGGACCUCGUGAACCUCCAGUUCCCGAGCAACCUGCACCCAUAUGCAAGCGCGUCGGACGCGGCGGCAAUCAACAUGUGGCGCGCCAAAGUCUUCCCCGACCUGCGGGCGUGCAUGGACCGGCGGGCUGCACUUCUGGCAUCUGCGAAAACCCCCGCCGACGGGCUCCUCGCGCUGGCGAACGAGCUCGCCUCGCGCUACGACCUCGGUCUGGUCAACAUUGCGGGGCACCACCAGUUGUACACGCCGCAGACGUUCUGGGACGGGUUUGUCGACAUCUCGGGCUACAAGUCGGGCUCGGUCACGUACCAGAUCAGUGGGCGGGACCCGUCGACGGUUCUGACCACGGGCAGCGGGCACUUGGACGCGAUCUUGAACCCGCGCGAGACAGCGUGGUACUGCACCCUCCAGUACGUCAACCCGAUCUCGCGGGCACCAAAUGCGACCGAGUGUUUUGCGAAAUUUGCGACCACGUUACCUGCGUUUUUCAACGGCAAGUACCUCUCCGUCCUGGCAGGUACCCGCUACAACGACAACAACGCGUUCGAGAAGGGGACGCCGACGCAACGCAUCACACCGUAUACGUACAAGCGCCCGUAUAUUGCCCCCCUAAAUGCGAUGACGUAUGUGAACGUCGGCAACCUCUCUGCGUGGCAGGCGCUUUUUCAAACGAUCGUCGCCAACGCCACGCAGACUCCGCGGACGACCUCGAAUGCGCUCGAAGAAAUGUGUUUGGUCGGCGACGGCUGCUUUGCAACGUGCAUGAACUCGUCGGCCAGUGGCGGCACGACCGUGACGUACAUGCGGGGGGGCGUCUGCCAAGCGUCGGUCGACACAACAGCGCACGGUCUCGUCGACUUGUUUGUCGAUCCGCGUUGCUUUGGCAGCGGCACGUCCCACCUCCAAGUGACGUACCAGUCGCUCAACGGCGUGCGCCACACGCUCGUGAUCAACGGCACCGCGGGGCCGGUCGCGAUCCUUGCGUGCUUUAUUGGGGGGCGCCCCCCCGACACCGAGUACCCGAGCUACGUCAUGGACAUGCUCGCGCAGGGCACGCAAGCCUCGCUUGUCAUGACCAAAGCCAACGGGUCCGAGACGACGGUGCUCAACUUUAUCGCGCUCUUGUCGCUGGCCGGGUACAUGUAUUUUUUCGUCCGGAUCGUCGUGUACCUCCGCAAGACGUAUACAUGGAUGCGCGCGAUGCCGAUAAGCAAGCGCAAGAAGGCGCAGCUGCUCUUUAGCGUCACAAAUUCCAGCAUCUCGAACGUCAUUUGGAGCCACUACCAAACGUCGAUGCGCUGCAUUGGCUUCCUCUCGUUUCUCGAGUGGCACAUUGGUGCGAGCCAAAACCACUGCCAUUGGACCGACUCGAUCCAAGAUGUCUCGCUCGAUGCGGUCUACGUCUGCGACGUCGAUAUUUUUGGCCAUUUUGCCAAUGUACAAGAACUCGUGCGCCUUGCUGCGUACUCGUGGGUGUUCUUUGCCCUAGUGUUUAUGGACCGUAUGCCCGGCAUUGCGAUCGAUCUCAAGGGCUACGGCGUCGCAGCGCUUCUUCUGGGCGUGCUUCCCGUCUCGCUGUUCGCGAUUCUGGUAGCUGAAAUUUGCGUCCUGCGCGCGACCGUGCCAGCGCUGAGCUGGAUCCACAACCAGCUCUGGCUCGCGCUUGUAUGGCUUGUCAUUAUGGCGAUUUUGCGCUCUGGCGUCUUCUUGCCGUAUUUUAAGCUCGUGAAAGCGGCGCUUCGACUAGUGGGGAUUGGCCAGCAGCGUAUCUCGAAAGCGUCGCCGUUUUACUCGAUCAUUUUUCGGUAUUAUUGGUCGUCCACGGACCUGAUUCGCGACGAAGAGCUCAUUUAUGUGCCUCUGAGUAUCCUGAUGGAGACGCACUCGAUCAACGUGUCCAACGUCUUUGACCAUCAGUACUUUGUCUACGGCCUCAUGGACCUCGAAACCGAUACCUCCGACCGCAAACUGCCCUAUGUACAAACCGACGGUACGAUCGAACAUCCCGACUGGAUCGCGACGACCGACGAGUAUUAUGUUCGCAUCGCCAAGCGCGACGAUUGACUGUAGAUGCAUGUAUUGUUUCGCUUGUACAAAAAAGUACAAAAAAUACAAAAAAAUUGCAUGAAAUGCAUGCAGACCAAACA